AUGCAAGAAGAGUCAGAAAAAUGUUCUGUUUGUGGAGCUGCCUGCAAGCAUCUGGCUCUUUCUGAUAAUCUGAAACCUCAGGAGAAGAUGUACUUCAAAAGCCCUGUGGAGACAGCUUUGCAGCAUUUUAGUCACAUCUCUCAGGUGUGGAGUUUCCAGAAGAAACAAACAGAUCUCCUCAUCGCCUUUUAUAAGCAUAGAAUUACAAAGUUAGAAGCAGUCGUGCUGGAGGCACAGCGAACAGUGACCAGCCAGGAAAAAGAGCUGUCAGUCUUAAGGAAGGAGAAUGAAGAACUGAAGAAAUUUCUAGCCAUCCUGAAGGAAUCUACAAGUUCAUACCAAGGAAGCAGGUCAACCACACCUCGACCAGUAUGCAUUACUUCCCCUUCACAGUUAGUUACUCCACGACCUAGUUCUCAGCAUAGCAGCCAAGUGGUCAGUAGGUCCUCUUCAGUGGAGUCUAUCCAUUAUAGAGUGGCCGGCUUUAGUAGUGUGGGACAAGGAACCAGAGGCCUUCAGGGAAGGAGCACUCCCAGAGACUCUUAUACUGAAACCCCUUCACCAGCUUCUACUCACAGCCUAUCAUAUAGACCUUCAUCUGCCUCAUCUGGACUGGGGAUUUUUUCUUUCAGACCAUCCUUAAAUGGUGGGGAUUCAGGCCACACAAGCGUCCUUGCUCCCAAUAAUUCAGGUCAGAGGGAGAGCAGAACCCCACUAGAGAGUCUUCCUGCUUUCCAGUUACCAGUCUUGCAGACUCUCUAUCAACAAAGGCAGAUGGGAUUAGCCAGGGAGAGAGAAGCGUGGACCACUCCCAGAUAGAC